CGAGGGCUGGGACUGUGGGUUGAGCUGUGGAGGUGAGGUGAAAUGUCACUCCCGCAGCCCCUGCCCCACUAGGCCUGGGUGAGCUGAGGAGGAGCAGGUGGUUGCUGGGUCUGCAGCUCCCUCCUCCCCUGGUAAGCGUGUGCCCAUGCCUGCCAGCCCCAGGUCUGUAACUGAGGGGCUUACCCGGGGCUGCGUGGCCAUGCCAAGGGCAGCGGUAGGGUCCCCAUCCCUAGAAGGGAUUUUAAAGACUGGUAGAUGAGGUGCUCAUGGAUAUGGUUUAGUAGUGGACAGGUACGGCUGGGCUCAAUGAUCUCAAAUGUCUUUCCAACCAAAUGAUUCUGUGAUUGAGGCCAUCUUCAGCAAGUGAAGCUCGUGAGUCCUCAUGUGGAGUAUUGCGUCUAGUUCUGGAAUCCUUGACACAUUAGAAGGAUAAGGAACUGCUGGAACAUGUCCAGAGGAGGGCUACAAAGAUGAUCAGAGGGCUGGAGCACCUCCCAUACAAGGACAGGCUGAGUUGGGCUUGUUCAGCCUGCAGAAGGCUCCGAGGAGAUCUUAUAGCAGCCUUCCAGUACUGAAAGGGGCUACAGGAAAGCUGGGGAGGCACUGUUCAGAAAGGCUUGUAGUGACAGGACUUGGGGCAAUGGGUGUAAAAUUAAGAGAGGCAGAUUUAGACUAGACGUAAGGAAGAAUUUCUUCACCAUGAGAGUGGUGAGGCACUAGUACAGGUUGCCCAGGGAAGUUGUGGAUGCCCCAUCCCUGGAGGUGUUCAAGGCCAGGUUGGAUGGGGCCUUCGGCAGCCUGAUUUAGUGGGAUACCCCUGCCCAUGGCAGGGGGUUGGAACUGGAUGACCUUUAAGGUCCCUAUCAACCCUAACUAUUCUAUGAUUUUGUUAUGCUGGGUAAGGGUCUAGGGCACAAGUCUUAUCAGGAACAGCUAAGGAAACUAGGAUUGUUUAGCUUGGAGAAAAGAGGCCGAGGGGAGACCUCAUCGCUACAGCUCCCUGAAAGGAGGUUGUGGCAAGGUUGGCGCUGGUCUCUUCUCCCAAGUAACAAGUAAUAGAAUGUGAGGGAAUGGCCUCACGUUGCACCAGGAAAAGUUUAGAUUGGAUAUUAGAAAAAAUGUCUUUACUGAAAGAGUGGUGAAGCACUGGAACAGGCUGCCUGAGGAGGUGGUGGAGUCUCCAUCCAUUGAGAUAUUUAACAGACGAGGUGCUCAAGAGAUACGGUUUAGUAGACAGGUACAGUUGGAGUCGAUGACCUCGUAUAUCUUUUCCAACCAAAAAGUUCCUUGAAUGAGGCUUCUUGUCCAGAAUGGCUUAUCCCUGAGUGAGUGGAAUCCCAGCGAUACUCAGGAUUUUCAAGCACCUGAUGUCUGUGCAGAAAGGUUUUGUCUGCUCAUGCUAGUCACCAAGCUUAGUUAAUACUUCUUCAAAUAACCCUUUUUUUUUGUUUCCCUCACUUAAGCCACUCAUUCCUAUCUUGUAAAAACCUUCUCAGUUGUAUCAGUGCAGUUGUUGUUGGAGCUGCAAAGUCAACUUGCCUGGGAAACUCUCAGAUCUCCCACUUUCAGCACGUGGAUACUGCUGCUGCCUGCUUUCUCCAGGGGGAAAAUAUGCAAACCUAAAGACUGUUCCUAACCGAAGAAAGAAUACUCUAACUACUCACAAAUGCUUGUCAGAAUGAAAUUCCUACAGCUACUGUCCAGGAAACAUGGAAAACUGGAAAUGCUUUUUCAAACACCUUUUUGCCAAAAGCAAUUCCCAUAUUUGUCUCUGACCACCUCCACUUGUCUGUAUAGUAAGAAGAAAAAAGGGAACGGUUAUGAACAAGUUGACCAGGAAAAGUACAAGAACUUGGUCUACUCUGUUACUUCUUACAAAACCAGUGCCCAGACACCAGAGACGAUAUUUGAAGAAGAUAAUUUGUUAUAUGGGCCACCAGAAAAAUGCAGACCUCCACCUCGAGCUGAAACAAAAACUCCCAGGAAAUGGGUUCCUUUGAUAAACUCCAACAAGAAAAUUCCCCCUCUCAACAGCGAUUCCAGCCUGCCCAUGAAAAUCCCCUUGCAAAAGCCAAAAAUGCCCAGUGUUACCCGUAUUCUUCAACAGACAAUAUCUCCACAGCAAGCCUUUUAUCUAGAAAGGUGGAAACAGAAAAUGAUACUGGAGCUUGGAAAAGGUGGUUUUGAAGAGUAUACUAAAAAUCUUUUUCUUCAAGGAGAGCUCUUCCAUGCAGCUUUGGAAUCUAUAUUCCUGUCUGAAGAGAGAGCAGCAAAGGAGCAGAGAGAAGAUGCUGCUAUUUCUGGCUACUUAUCAAGUGUGCAGCAUGUCUUAGAAGAUAUCAGUGAUGUGAAAGCUCUGGAAAGUGCCGUUCAGCAUGAGACUCUUCAGUAUCUGGGCCUGGUAGACUGCGUGGCUAAGUAUCGAGGCCAGUUGUGUGUGGUUGACUGGAAAACUUCGGAGAAACCAAAGCCACUGCUGAAGAACACUUUUGACAACCCAUUACAGGUUGCGGCAUAUAUUGGAGCCAUAAAUCACGAUGCCAAUUACAACUUCCAGGUCAGCUGUGGACUCAUUGUGGUUGCCUAUAAGAAUGGCUCCCCUGCGCAUCCACAUUUCAUGGAUCCUGGUCUGUGCUCACAGUACUGGAAUAAGUGGCUUUUGCGCCUUGAAGAGUACAUGGACAAAAACUGACCCAGACUAAGAUAUGCAGUGGCAAGUGGGCAAGCUCAGAGCCAGAGCAAGAAUCCUCUGUUUAAAUCUCCCAUUUGAAUUUGUAUUCUUUUUUGAGUAGUUUUAGCUCAUUUCUCAAUAUCAAGUUUUCUCCUCCCUAAAAAGAAAGAAAAAUUGGAGUGAGGAAUGUGUAUUUGCUUACAUUGUAGGUGACUUAAGUGGACCUAGUGGGACGAAGCCAACUUAAUUUAUUUUUCUCCAUGCUGUUUAUACUAUCUAAGGUUGAUAGAAAAGUUUCUAUUUUC